AGUGUGAAAAGUUGCUUCGGGUGUAGAACUUGUGGCUUCAUUCAAACAUCGAUAACAUUUUCAUUGAAAGAUAAGAAGUUAAUUGACAUUCUGCUAACAUCAAAUAUUAACGUGUUGCAUCAUAACCAUGGCUUAUAUUAUUUUCUUAAUAGCCAUUGCUGCUUAUUUAUUUUAUAAAUGGUCAAUUCUUACUUAUAAAUACUUUGAACGACAAGAGAUUCCAUUUAGAAAGCCAGUACCUUUGUUCGGAACUAAUAUCAAUCUUAUCACAAGGAAAAAGAAUUUCAUGGACACACUUGAUGAAUGGUACAAUGAAUUUCCAAAUGAAAAAGUUACUGGACUUUUUGAGUUUCGUAAGCCUUUAGUUCUUAUUAAAGAUCCAAAAAUUGCAAAACUAAUCGCAGUGAAAGAUUUCGAUUACUUCAUGGAUCAUCGUUCAGUGAUAACUGAAGACAUUGAUCCCUUAUUUGGUAAAGCUUUGGUGUCGCUAAGAGGGCAAAAAUGGAAAGACAUGCGUGCGACUCUCAGCCCAGCAUUUACAGGAAGUAAAAUGCGACAAAUGUUUGACUUUGUGAGUACAGUUGGACAUCAAACGGCUUUGAGUAUGAAAGAAGAAAUCAAAAAUGGAAAUGAAGAUUCAUUUGAGUUUAAAGAACUUUCAAUAAAAUUUGCGGUUGAUGUCAUCGCUUCGUGUGCUUUUGGAAUUGAAGUCAACUCUUUUACAACACCUGACAAUGAUUUCCAUAAGAUUGCAAAAAAAUUAACAAACUUUACUUCAACAAGAACAAUUUUAGUGUUUGUUGGGUACAUGCUGUUCCCUGCGCUUAUGAAACUGACAAACAUUAAGAUUCUUGACAAGGAAAGUUGUGACUUCUUUGAAGAAGCAAUUAUAGAGACGAUGAGAAUUCGAGAAGAAAAAGGAAUUAUUCGACACGAUAUGAUUCACUUGUUAAUUCAAGCUAGAAAAGGGCAAUUAACUCAUCAAAAUAAUCAAGAGAGUAAUGCUAAUGACAAAUCAUCUGACGGUUUUGCAACUGUUGAAGAAUCGAGUGUUGGUAAAUCUGAAGUUACCAGGAAAUGGGAAGAUUUGGACUUGGCAGCUCAAGCAUUUAUCUUCUUUUUAGCAGGUUUUGAUACGAUUGCAACUGCAAUGAGUUUCAUGGCAUACGAACUUGUCUGCAAUCGUGACGUUCAACAAAAACUUUACCAAGAAAUUUACGAAAUGAAUCAAGAACUUGAUGGCAAAAAAAUUACGUACGAAAAGAUUCAAUCAAUGAAAUAUUUAGAUCAAACUGUAUCGGAAGCUCUUCGAAAGUGGCCUCCAGCUCCAGUAGGUUUUGAAAUGUUUAUGAAGAGUUUUGUAACUGAUCGUAAAUGCGUUAAAGAUUACGAUUUGAUAUUUGAUAACAAAAGAUUACAUUUCGAUACAACAUCAAGUUGCUUCAUACCAAUUUGGAACUUCCACAGAGAUCCGAAAUAUUUUCCGAAUCCUGACAAAUUCGAUCCCGAACGAUUCAAUGAGGAAAAUCGUAAAAACAUUGAUCCCGACACUUAUCUUCCUUUCGGAAUUGGACCCAGAAAUUGCAUUGGAAGUCGAUUUGCUCUCAUGGAACUUAAAACGUUCUUUUAUUAUCUCUUGCUGAACUUUAGCUUUGUGACUGCUGAAAAAACUGAAAUACCUUUGAAGUUUGCUAAAAUUCCUUUCAAUAUUAAACCGGAAAAUGGAAUUUGGGUUAAAUUUAGACCAAGAAAUGAUUGAAAGGUAAGAUUCUUGAAUCGACAAUUGCAUGUUCAAAGAACAGUAAAAUGAUUUUAAUAAUUUUUAAUAAUUUUAAUUGAAUAUUUGAUUAUAAAUGUUGUAAAGUAUCGACGGAAUUUAUUUUGAAAUUUGGAAGCAUUGUUAAUGAAAAUUCAUUGAAUAAAAACAUACACUAGAAAUUAUUCAUUCUAGUCAUCAGUUGUUGAAUAUUUUAAAAGG